CUAAUGUGUUGUGAUCUGGACUGUCUGGAAAACUGUUGGUCUGAGCUGGGUACCAAAUGGCUGAGGCAGAACCAUUUUUAGCAGAUGGCAAUCAGGCAUUAUUUCCCUGUGAAGUCUGUGGAAGACGCUUUGCAGCAGAUGUUCUGGAAAGGCAUGGACCAAUAUGUAGAAAAGUCUUCAACAAAAAACGUAAACCUUUCAAUUCCUUAAAACAAAGAUUACAGGGCACUGACAUUCCCCUUGUGGGGAAGGUUCCUCAACCCAAGGCUCAACCUGUGAGAAAAUCUAACUGGAGACAACAACAUGAAGACUUCAUUAAUGCAAUUCGCUCAGCAAAGCAGUGUACACUAGCCAUUAAGGAAGGCCGGCCUCUCCCACCUCCACCACCUCCGUCCAUCAACCCAGAUUAUAUUCAAUGUCCAUAUUGCAUGAGGAGGUUUAAUGAAACUGCAGCCAGUCGACAUAUUAACUUCUGCAAGGAUCAGGCUUCUCGCCGAGUCUUUGAUCCAGCCCAGACAGCAGCCAAGUUGGCAUCCAGAGCACAGGGUAGGCCUCAGAUGAUGCCAAAAAAAGAACCAACUGUGACCAGUGCUGUGGGAGCGCUGCUGCAGAACAGGGCCCUGGAGGCCAGUGUGGUCCCAACCAGGCCAGGAUUAGCAGUGGACCCUGCUUCUGGAGCAAAACUCAGACAAGGAUUUACUAAAUCAUCUAAAAAAGAUUAACUCCUAGAGGCCAGAUUGGUCCCCGAAAGUCCUCAGAUGGCCAAGUACCCAGGAAACACACCUAAGGGGAAGAAACGGGAGGUGUCUGUUUACAUGCCCAUAUUUCUCUCCAGACAUCAUGUAGAACAAGUAAAAACUAGCCUCAAA